CUUAUUGUUGUAUAACUACAGUUAUGUAAAUUAUUAAGAUGUGUUCCAGUUAUUGUAUCUCACGGGCACUGGAGUCAGUGCAAAUAUUUGACUCGGACCACGUAGACAUUGUAUAACGUUUGCUCCGUUUAUAGAAAGCUGCUAUAGCACGUCAACCAUGAACAAGUCUAUAAUAAUGUUAUUGGCCGUCCUGGCUGCACUGGCCAUUUCUGACGCUAGAGCAACUUGCAAAAGCAGCAGUCACCAUUCUCGAUGCGAUGAUGAUGAACAGAAAAACAAAUGCGACGACUCAUCUUCUUCUUCCUCCUCCUCUUCCUCCUCAUCGUCGUCGUCCUCAUCUGAAGAAGAUGACAAGAGAUGCAAAAGUGGGCACGGCAAGAAGGAUGACUCUUCCUCAUCCUCGUCCUCAUCUUCGUCUUCGUCUUCGUCCUCAUCGUCGUCUGAGGAAGACAGCAAGAACAACGAAGUGGAUUGCGAUGAUUCCAACGAAAAGUCGAGCCAUCACCACAAGAAGUCAAGGCACAUGAGGCGAUGCGGAAAGAACUAGUCGAAGAGAAUUUGGUGGCGAUUUUAUCAAAUAUCGCUGUUUACUGUCUACUACAAUUAAAGUUAUGCACCUCGUCAUUUGUUCAGUUUCGAGUUACUUAACUCGUUUGUUUUAAAAUAGAAACUUAUUAAGUUAGAAUAUUCCAGACGAAAA